GGUAACUUGGAUGGCGAGGCGCUGAUUGGCGCAGGUGUUCAGUGACGUAGCGAGGAUGUGAAUAAGGGUGGCGUGUGCCUCCAGGAACAUGCAGACUAGUGGCGCUUCUAUCGGGAGCAUCAACUGAGUAAAGCGAUCAGUACGGGAACAGACAUGACAAAUACACUCUAACUUCUCACAAGCAGAGAGGACAGACACUGCAAGGGGUCAGGUCUUUAAACAGCUACUUGAAGCGAAGGGCGAUGGACAUGAAAAACACAAUCCUGCGAUUAUGGUAGGCAUGUUUAUUUUUGGUGCUAAUGAUACUGUCCACCACAAAUUGCAUUAGAUGCAUGGCAUAGAUGUUAGUUAACUAUACUGACAACACUGCUCAUAAUCCCUUUACAUGUGCCCCACCUGACGAGCACAGUGUGGGUUUGUAUUUUUAGUGCAAACAGGCCGUGGUGUGGUGUCCGUUUGCAAACAUUGUUUGGUCAUUUAUGUUUUGGAAGAAGAAAUAGAAGACUGAUCUUCGUGGCUCUACCUCAGAACUGACAAAAACCUUUUUUGGAAUCUUCGUAUUUUGGGCCAGAAAAAGGGGAGCGCGAGCGAAAGAGAAAGAGAGAAGGGGGGCUGGUUUUCUUCCUCUUCUUCUUCCUCUUCUUCUUCACCACUCCAAUCGACCCAGAGGACCUCACAGCAGACAGGAACCAAAUCCCUUGUAGUGAAAUCCACCUUGUUGCAAAUCAUCAGAGACAGACAGAACGCCUUGCCGAUUCCUGGGACUGGAUCCAAAGACGAUGGUGCACUGUGCUGGGUGCGAAAGACCCAUUCUGGACAGGUUUCUGCUCAAUGUUCUGGACCGAGCCUGGCACGUGAAGUGUGUGCAGUGCUGUGAGUGUAAAGGGAAUUUAACGGAGAAGUGCUUCUCGAGAGAAGGGAAACUCUACUGCAAAAACGACUUCUUUAGGCGCUUUGGUACCAAGUGUGCGGGCUGCUCUCAGGGCAUCUCCCCGAGUGACCUGGUGCGGAGAGCCAGGAGCAAGGUGUUUCACUUGAACUGCUUCACUUGCAUGAUGUGCAACAAACAGCUCUCCACCGGAGAGGAACUCUACAUCAUCGACGAAAACAAAUUCGUUUGCAAGGAAGAUUUCCAGAACAGCAGCAGCAGCGGCAAAGACAGCAACCUCCUCUCAGUAACAGCCUGUAGCGACCCCAGUUUAUCUCCGGAUUCUCAAGACCAGUUACAAGACGACAUUAAAGACUCGGAAGGCGCGACGCUUUCUGACAAAGAAGGCGGUAAUAACGAGAACGACGACCAGAACCUGGGAGGGAAGCGACGCGGCCCGCGCACCACCAUCAAAGCCAAACAACUGGAGACGCUGAAAGCGGCGUUCGCGGCCACCCCCAAGCCCACGAGACACAUCAGGGAGCAGCUGGCGCAGGAGACGGGGCUCAACAUGAGGGUCAUUCAGGUGUGGUUCCAAAACCGGCGUUCUAAAGAGCGACGAAUGAAGCAGCUGAGCGCGCUCGGUGCCCGCAGGCACGCGUUCUUCCGCAGCCCUCGGCGGAUGAGAACCCUGGUGGACAGACUCGAGCCCGGGGAGUUAAUCCCGAACGGUCCCUUCACCUACUACGGAGAUUAUCAAACUGAAUACUACGGCCCUGGAAGCAACUAUGAUUUCUUUCCUCAAGGACCGCCUUCAUCCCAGGCUCAAACCCCAGUGGACCUUGCUUUCGUACCUUCGUCCGGACCUACAGGCACCCCCCUGGGUGGGAUGGACCACCCCUUACCUGGCCACCACCCCUCGAGCGACUCCCAGCGCUUCUCCGACAUCCUUUCCCACCACCCUGGGGACUCCCCCAGCCCAGAGCCCGGCAUUCCCGGCCCGCUACACAGCAUCUCCUCGGAGGUGUUCGGCCCCAGCCCUCCUUUUACCUCACUCUCUAUGAAUGGAGGCUACGGCCUGUCACACGCGCAGGCAGAAAUGAACGAAGCCGCAGUGUGGUAGCCAGACAGCGCCCCCGACUGGCAGUGCUCAGUGGUGCCGGAUGACUUGUACACAUUUACCUUGGUAUUGUCCUGAUGUACAGUACGAUGAAACUGAACUUCAUACGUAACGAUGUUCCUGCCCUGUGUUGUGUGGACUGACGGAUCGGGGCCGGGUUCAAGGCAGUGUGUGGUGUGGUGGGCUCAGAUUGUCAUGUUUCAGUCUGUUCCGCGCACACCACAGGUGAAAGAAGUGCCACACUCAAGAGAGGCCCUUGGUUUUUUUGGGGGGGGUGGGGGACAGAACAGGUUAUGUCAAAGACUGUAGACAGCUUUACAGAAGCGCAGGAAGAAUGGAUGUCUCUUGGCUUGGAUAAGUGCUUACAAGCGAGCUAGAAGCAACAAGAUCAUUUAUUUAUGUCAUUUAACGUGUUCCUCGUAUUUAUUUGAAGAAUUCUCAAACCUCUUUGCCUUCUCUAGGCUCUGCCAUAUGAAAACUCUGGACACAUUUUCGACAGUAGAUGUAUUUCUAAAAGCCCGGGGAUGGGGAGGUGGGGGUGGGUGUGCUUUUGUAAAACAGACACAGUAUUUAUGAAGACUCCCAGUGACUAGUUUGCCUUCAAAAGGUAAACUUAAAAAACAAAAACAAAAAAGUUAUAUAAAUAGCCUAUAUAUAUAUAUAUAUAUAUAUAUAUAUAUAUAUAUAUAUAUAUAUAUAUAUAUAUAUAUAUAUAUAUAUAUAAGGAUUGUAAAAUGAAUGGAAGAGAACUCCAGAUGUUAAUAUAUGAAGUCUACCUUCUAAAAACAAAGAGAAAGAAAUGUUGAACAAGGGUCUGCAAGGAGCUGAGAACAGUCAACUGUUUACGUAAUAUAUAUUUCAUUCAGGAGUUUCAGGAUAAACCAUGUUUUAGAACCUCUUGAUCCAGAACAGAACAAAAAAUAAUAAUAAUAAUGUUUAAAGCAACCAACCAAACUGUUUUGUAUUGAUUUUAUUUAUAAUGUAUGGAAAGCAAAGUUUGCUGGCUUGUGGUUCACUGUGCUAGUUUGUACAAGAUGUUGUUUACAAAAGUUUAAAAAAAAGACAAAAAAACUCAACAAACAAGUAGACAGUUGCCAAAUAAAACUAUAAAACUAUAAAACUAUAGCACAAAUACUGUAAAAGUGUUUUUGCAGCCUGCACUGCAGAAAGGGUUGAAACUAAUUGUAUGUGUGUGAAAAACAAGACAAAACUAAAAAAAAAAAACUUCAGAAUUUUUUUUAGUCUGCUAAAUAAACAUUGAUAAACAAAAUUGUUAAUAUAACUUACUUAGACCGACAGGUUUUAUUUUUGUGUCUUUAAAAGGAAAAUCCAAACUAUUUAAAUGUAUGGUCAAAUAUGCAGUCAGCGGCUGCUAUUCUUUCUUUAUAUUUCAAACUCCUCAUGAUAUGUCUUUUAUUGUUCUAAUAAACCUAAAAAAAAACGCUUAUGUGACCUCCAGUGCAUAUUAGACCAUUCACUGUAUAAAUACAACAUGUUGAAUAAAAUUUGUGAGUUUUUAAUAAAAUGAGAAAAUACAAA